AUGGUCACUAUGGGUGUGCCGUGCUGUGCAUUGAUAAUUUCAAUGAAACUACUCAAAAUAUCUUCGUUAAAUUACAUUCCUCAAUCCGAAAAACAAAUAUUAAGACAAAGGAUCCAUGACAUUGGAUGUGUAUUGGUCCUACCUAUAUUAUAUGCCUUGCUAACAUUGAUAAACCAAGGACAUCGAUUUAACAUCGUAGAAGGACAAGGCUGUCAGCCUGCCGUAUAUUUGACAGCACUUACAAUCGUGAUUGACUACGGGAUGCCAUUAACACAAGACUUUGACAUAAUUCUGCGACGAAGUGGUACCGGUUUAAGUACAAAAAAGUUCUUGAGGAUGAUUUCUUUCACAUUAAUUGAUUUGCUGCUUAAUUUCCCUACAUUCUUAACGGACUUCGCUCUCGAGCUUUCCUACUCAAAAAUUCAUCCAUAUACUUCGUGGGAUCUUGUUCACAGUGGAUUCUCAAAUAUAUGGAUUUAUCCAAUUUCCUCAUUGGCAAACAAGGCUGGACAGCAGUUUUUGAUUCUAUCUUCUUUCUCUUCCUGGACCCUUUGUGUCACAGCGAUCAUAUUUUUCCUCCUCUUCGGGUUUAGCGUUGACGUUCGUUUGGAUUACAGCAAAGCUCAGAAAAAAAUUGCCUCUUUCUUUUUAAAGCAAAAGGAACGCACACUUCCAUUAAGCUGCAGCCAAUUUGACUCUAUACAAGAGCGAAAGGAAGAUGAGAAUUCAUUGCAACGCAGCAGUAACGUGCCUGAAGAGUCUAAAUCGAUUGAUACCUUAUCGAUUGUAACAGACCCUCCCAGUCUCUCUUUAACGGAGAAACAUGAAGUAUAUAUCUAG